AUGUACCUAUACAUACUCUUGUCUGUUAUUGCUGGCGCCGCUGCUGCUGCCGAGAUGGAGGCCGAAGGUCGUCACUACCAUCAGCAUCAUAACUUCAGACACUCUCAUCAUCGCCAUAUGGACGUUGAUGAGGACGAGGACAAGGUUCCAUCCCUUUCCGGAAACAAACAAGACGCUGAUGCAGUGAUGGCUGAGCUGAGCGCUAAGACUCAGAAGGCCAUGGCCAAGCUGAAGAAGGACGUCCUCGUAGAGAAACAGGUCCAUGACCAGUUCGAGAAGGAACUAAAGGGUCUGGAACCACUCGAAAAAGACUUAAAUGAGGACGAUAACGAAAGUUCGUUCAUCCAAGAGGGCACCAAGAGCAGCGUCGAUGAUAAAUUCAUGGCUACUCUCGAUGCCAAUAUGAAGAACGACGAGCUGAGCUCUUCUGAAUAUGAGAAGGGCCUUGAUAACUGGUACGCUGGCUUUAAGAAGGAGCUGGCCAGUUUGGUCAAGAGUGAUGAUGGCGAUCACCACCCGGGAGACGAUACGCCUGAUGAUACCUCUCUGGCGGAGAUAGGAUCUAAGCAUGCUUCUGAAAGGAUCAAGUGCCCAUACGACGAUGAUGAUGAGGAUUCCUUCCUGGAGAAAAGCAGAGGCUCGGGUGAAGACAACGAGGCUCAAUUUAAGGCUGAAGUCGAUGAGGAGGAGAAUGGAGAGGAAAGGAGGAAACAGUGUGAACACAACACCAAGUUCGGCAUCGUAGGUUGA